AUGAGAAAACAGUACAUUCAAGUCGUGCAUCGGGACCGUGGCCAUGAUUCUGACCGAAAGGCCGAGGUUAAGGUUCAAAGGAUCCUGGACACAAUGGUAUCCAACGGCGUCUCUAGUACAACCACCAAUGGCCACGGUGCCGCUGCCAAACCCGAUGGGCUCAACAUCGUCGUUAUCGGGGCCGGUAUAGGCGGUCUCACGGCGGCCAUCUUUCUCCGCAGGCAGGGCCAUCGAGUCACGCUACUAGAACAGUCUCGCUUUGCCAACGAGGUAGGAGCGGCGAUGCAUCUGGCCCCCAACGCCAAUGGAAUCCUCCGCCGACUUGGUAUCUUUGCCGAGACCAUAGGCGCCAAUGUCUUUGAACGGAUUACAGAGUUCAACGCGGCCCAUGAAGUGGUCCGUGAUGCCGAUAUCACAGAAGCGAACAAGAUCUGGCAGCAUCCAUGGCACUUGGUCCAUCGUGUACGGUUGCAUCAGGAGCUUAAACGACUUGCAACAUCGCCAGAAGGACCUGGUACUCCCGCUGUGCUCAAAACGUCCAGCCGCGUUGUCGACGUUGACACAGAAACAGCUACCGUCUUCUUGCAGGAUGGUAGCCAAGUUCGGGGCGACUUGGUCGUUGGCGCUGACGGAGUUCAUUCUCGGUCCCGUCACAAAGUUGUUGGCAAAGAAUGGCAAGCUUACAGUUCCGGAAAGAGUGCUUUCCGCUUCCUCGUCCCCCGUCAAGCUGCUCUCGAUGACCCAGAAACCGCCCAAUUCGCACAGCAUAACGGCCAGCUCACUAUAUGGUAUGCUGCCGACAGGCGUAUUGUGAUGUACCCAUGUGAUGAUAACAAGAUGUUCAACUUUGUCUGCAUUCAUCCGCGAGAAGAGAGCGACCCUGGGAGCAAAGAAGACUGGAACAACGAGACAAGCAUGUCGGUGUUACUGGGUGUAUACAAGGACUUCGACCCUGCUUUGUUGAAGCUCCUUAGCAAAGCCAGCCCAGAGUCCCUCAAGGCAUGGGAGCUCCUAGACAUGGAUAUCCUCCCAACGUGGACCGAUAAGAGAUUGACUCUUCUUGGUGAUGCUGCUCAUCCCUUUCUCCCUCACCAGGGGCAGGGUGCAGGUGUUGCCAUAGAAGACGCUGCCUCCCUCGCAGUUGUUCUACCACUAAGUACCUCCCCGGAAGAGGUCCCUGAGCGGCUGCGUCUUUACCAAGACUUUCGCUACGAUCGGGCAAAUCGGAUCCAAGAGUUCUCGCGCCAGGCAGGAGAGGACAAGCCGGAUAAGGACUUUGACAUGAUGGCGUAUACCAACUUCAACCUGGGCCAUGAUGAAUGGGACAAUUCCACCAACCGUUUCAGGAAGUGGGACUGGGCUAGGAAGCCUCAUCUCUACUGGAGAAUGCCCGUCUCAUUUGGGCCCUUCCCCGGUCCACGCCAGACCUUCACAGGCGAAGCUAGAAAUGCUACCAACUCGACAUUCACAACAGCCUCCAUCAAGUUCAAGACCUCACGAACCCUUUUACAAAAUCUCUUCCCUUCUACUUCUUUCCGAUUCAAGAGUCCCGGAACAGUCGCAUAUGCUAGCUUCUCACAGACCACGCUCAAUAAGAUGGAGUGGCUGGGCGGUUCUGGUUACAGACAUAUUGGGCUGUACAUCCACGGCGUCCAGUAUGUACAGAAAGAUGGCACCGUUCGUGACGGGACAUUCUUGCCUAUCUUAUGGGAAAGCCUCACGGAUCCGAUUGUCAGUGGCCGCGAAGAGCUCGGAAUGCCAAAGCUGUAUUGCUCCAUCGACGUUUGGAGGCGAACAAACAGCUACAGAAUUCAGACAGGCUGGCAAGGCGUCAACUUUGGCUCGUUCACACUUGAGGGUCUUCGAGAGAUAGACAGUGGCAGCUCAAAGGGGACGAUCGGAGGCGAGGAUGAUGAGGGAAUCUUUGCUUACAAGUAUAUUCCCAAGGUCGGGGAUCGUGGUAAGGCAGAUGUCGAGCAUGCUACCUUUGUACCUCAUGCAGACGAGUCCAAGGUCGUACCUAGUAAGGUACUGAAGGUCUUCACUACAGACAAGGCCAGCUUUGAGUUUGAUCCUCAUGAUUGGGAAGCCCUUCCGACGCUCUACCACGUUGUCUCGAGGUUGGCAGAAGUCCCUGUUUAUGAGAUUUUGGGAGGAAAGGUUGUUGAGGGUCUUGGUGUCCCGGACGUGUCUAGUGCUCGCAGAAUAGACUAG